CAGGUGCUGCAGGCACUCCUGAUGAUGCUGUUGGCGCCAUGGAGGUUGUGGGCGUUAGAGGAUGACGAGUGUACCUGGCAGUUUGUCUUGAACAAGUUCGACAGGGUAGGCCAGAGCAGUGCGAGCGACCGCUUCUUUCAUCAAGAACCCGUGGACACAGUGGAGAGCGUGUUCAGAACGCUGGUGGACGAGCCAAUCGACUUGGAAGAGAAAUACCUGGGCUUCCCUUACUUCCUGAAGAUCAACUACUCCUGCGAGGGAGCGCCCUCUGAGGCCCUGAUCCGUAAGGGCCACCUGACGGGGCUAAAGCCCGUGGUGCUGGUCACCUUCCAUUCCCCAGUCAACUUCCGCCGAUGGAAGAUAGAGCAGCUACAGAUCCAGAUGGAAGCAGCUCCCUUCCGCAGCAAAGAAGCCUGUAAUGCAGAGGAGGUGUGUUCCAUGAGCUGGUACACGCCUAUGCCCAUCAAGAACGGCAGCGUGGUCAUGCAUGUGGAUAUCAGCAGCAAUGGCCUGGGGCCCAUCAUCCCCAGGAAAAGGUUCUAUUUGAAUAUAAACGGUUUCCUGAAGAUGCAGCGAGACAACACAAUCCAGUUCACUGUGGGGAAUGAGCUCUUCAAUCUGUUACCCCAGUACUUUGUGAAUGUGCCGUCACGGCCCCUGUGGUACACUGUGGACCAGGCACCCGUGCUCAUCCUGGGUGGCAUUCCCAAUGAGAAGUCCAUCCUGCUGACAGACACCUGCUUCGAGGACUUCUCUCUCGUGGAGCUGAACAUUGACAGUUGCUGGGUAGGUUCCUUCUACUGCCCCCAGGCCAGCUUUUCAGCCACCAUCCAUGACGCCAUCGCCACCGAGAGUACCCUCUUCAUUCGAGAGAACCAGCUCGUCUACUAUUUCACAGGCACCUAUUCCAUACUCCAGGAGAGCACCAGCAGCGGUGAGGGCAGUUGGGUUCGUGUCCUGGCCAACGAGUGCAUCAAGAGGCUGUGCCCCGUGGAGUUACACAGCAAUGGCUCCGAGUAUGUGAUGGCCCUCACCACUGGCAAGAACGAGGGUUAUGUCCACUUUGGGACCAUUACAGACGGCCGCGUGUCCUUUGAGAUGCUGCCCAAGCAGUGGUCCGUGUGCAGUGGGAUACAAGUCACAGAAGAGCUGUCCAUCCUCUAUGAGAUCCCCGAAUUCAUCCCUGACGCUCAAGGCCUGGAAUUCCUGAUGCUCCAAAGGGCAGAGCCUUACACCACCACCCCAAUGGUACCUAGGGGCAUGUUCUACAAUCCAUACAACAACCUGCUGUUCAUCUGGGGCAACUUCCUCCUGCAGAGCUAUGACCGUGAAACCUACAUCUACCUGGCGGACUUUCCGAAAGAGUCAACCAUCAAGUACCUGGUCAACUCCUUCCGUGGGGACCUGGCUAUUGUCACAGAGACUGAGGAGAUCUGGUACCUCCUGGAGGGCAGCUACAACGUGUACAAGCUGUUCCCGUCCGUGGGCUGGGAGGUGCUUGUCAGCCUGCAGGUGAUGCACCAGUCAUCUCUGUACACCACCAGUGAGACCAUGGUCACCCUCUUCUACGAGCAGAGCAAACUGUACCAGCUGGUGUACCUUCUGAAAGGCCGGGAGAGCCGGCUGGUCAAGAGGCUCGUGCCUGUGGAGCAGCUCCUAGUCUACCAGAAGCUCAAAAACAGCUAUGUCUUGGAGAGCCAAAGGAACUUCUUGACGCCCACCUUCACCAACUUCUGCCCCUUCACGGUGAUGCGCCUGCAGGACCUCCCCGACCCGCAGAGAUACACGCGCCAGGAACGCUACCGGGCGCUGCCACCGCGCGUCGUGGAGCCCUCGGGCUUCCACAAUGAGCACUCGCUCGCUAUCUACCAGGGCCUCGUCUACUACCUGCUCUGGCUGCACUCCAAGUACGACAAGCCAUAUGCGGACCCAGUGCACGACCCCACCUGGCGCUGGUGGAAGAACAAGAAACAAGACCAGAGUUACUACUUCUACCUGGCGAGCAACCCGCGGAGCACAGGUGGCGCGUACAUUGAGAUGGACAGCUAUGAAAAGAUCUACGACCUCAAGGCCGAGGCCGAGCUGCCCGAGCGCAUUUUCCUAGACAAGGGCUCCACCUACAGUUUCUCGGUCUUCCUCACUGCCCGGGGGCACGCCUUCAGCAUCAAUCAGAUGUUGGGCUCCCCCUUCCUUCUGGAUAGCCAUUUGGGCCUGGGAGUGGUACUGGCCGACCCCGCCUGCCUCGAGGUGAUGGUGUCACAGAGCAUCCUUGUUAAUCGCAACUCUGCGUCCUUCCGGGUUAUGCUCAAAGAUACAAGCGUCUGCUUUGCCCAGGGCAUCAGUGGGCACCAUCUCAAGAGGACCUCGAUGCUGGUCAAGGUGGUGGGCUCGGCCGGGCACUGUUUCCGGAACACCCAUCAGGGGCCGCGCAUGCAAGGCAACCUGAUGGUGCCAGUGCUUAUCGGCUGCCCGCCGGGCAAGCGCCUGGCCUUCGACAUCACCUUCACGUUGAACUACAACCGCGUGGUGAAUAAACACUACUUCGACUGCGUGCAGGUGGACCCCGAGAUGCCCUGCUUCCUCUUCCGCGACAUCUUGUACCCCUUCUUCUUGAUCCAAGAUUUGGUGACGGGAGACUCCGGCAGUUUUCAGGGCAGAUACGUGCUGAAGGUGGUGGGCGGCGGGCCCACCCUGGACACCAUCAGGGACUACAGCCAGGAGGAAAUCUACCGCUACAACAACCCCCUGGACAAAACGCACAGCCUCAUCUGGACUGCGAGGAACAGGACGACCAUGGAGGAUUUGGCCUUCAACCUCAAGCCCGGCCAGCGCUUGGGCAUGGAGUGGCUGUGCCUGAAGAACUCCCCAUGCCAUGACACGGUUCCUCGGAGCAUCUUCGCCCCUGAGUUCUUCUUCAAGGUGUUGGUGAGUAAUAGAGGUGUGGACAAGAGCACAUACUGUGACUACCAGCUCAUCUUCCUGCUGCACAUCCACGGGCUCCCCCUCAGUGCCAGGCAGUCCCUCUUCUUCCUCAUGGUGUCAGCCAGCAUAUUUGUGGGCCUGGUGGUCCUCUACCUGAUGAUCUGCUUCCUGUGGCCCUUUGUGGUGAAGGCCUGCAACAUCCUCCGCUGGCGGAUCAAAAACUUCAUGGCCAGAGAGUCCUACUAUAGCUACGCCUCCUCGAGACUCUUCAGCAUGCCAUCCAACAUUCCCUCCAGGGUCCUCUCCAAGGUCCCCUCCAAGGUUCCCUCCAAGGCCAGCUCUCACCUGGCAGAGAAGGGCAACGAUGAACCUGAGAAAACCUGA